AAAUGAAAAACUCCUAUAUAAGGCAAAGCUGCCUCUGGCUGUAACCCUAAUAGCACAGGUAGCACCGUUUGGCUCUUCAAGACUUGCUUCUUUACCAUUUCAUUCCUAAAACCCUAUUCUUCUUCGCUCAUUCAUCAGCACUGCCAUCAGCCCCAACCUCCCCACAAGGUCACAGGGACUAAAGAGGUGUACCACCAUGUCGGACGAUGAAAGGGAGGAGAAGGAGUUGGAUCUCUCUUCUGCAGAAGUUGUAACCAAAUACAAAACCGCGGCUGAGAUCGUUAACAAGGCCUUGAAGCUAGUUAUUUCAGAAUGUAAACCAAAGGCGAAGAUUGUGGAUAUUUGUGAGAAAGGGGAUUCAUACAUUCGAGAGCAAACUGGAAAUGUGUACAAGAAUGUGAAGAGGAAGAUUGAGAGAGGUGUUGCUUUCCCUACAUGUUUGUCUGUAAACAACGUUGUCUGCCAUUUCUCUCCACUAGCCAGUGACGAGGCAGUGUUGGAAGAAGGUGAUAUAUUGAAAAUUGAUAUGGCAUGUCAUAUAGAUGGAUUCAUUGCUGCCGUAGCUCACACCCAUGUUCUUCAGGAAGGUCCUGUUACAGGAAGGGCAGCUGAUGUCAUUGCUGCCGCAAAUACUGCUGCUGAGGUGGCCUUGAGGCUUGUCAGGCCAGGAAAGAAGAACAAGGAUGUAAGUGAUGCAAUUCAAAAGGUUGCUGCUGCCUAUGACUGUAAAAUCGUUGAGGGUGUUCUUAGCCACCAAAUGAAGCAGUUUGUUAUUGAUGGGAAUAAAGUUGUGCUUAGUUUGUCUAAUCCGGACACAAGGGUUGACGAAGCAGAGUUUGAGGAGAAUGAAGUUUAUGCAAUUGAUAUAGUAACAAGCACUGGGGACGGCAAGCCUAAGCUGUUGGAUGAGAAGCAGACAACUAUCUAUAAGAGGGCUGUUGACAAGAGUUAUCACUUGAAGAUGAAAGCGUCUAGGUUCAUUUUCAGUGAAAUAAGCCAAAAGUUUCCUAUCAUGCCGUUCUCUGCUAGGGCUUUGGAAGAGAAAAGAGCUCGACUUGGUUUGGUGGAAUGCGUCAACCAUGAGCUCUUGCAGCCAUAUCCUGUUUUGCAUGAAAAGCCUGGUGAUUUGGUUGCGCACAUCAAAUUCACAGUCUUGUUGAUGCCAAAUGGAUCGGAUCGAAUCACAACUCAUCCACUCCAAGAAUUGCAGCCUACAAAAACAAUAGAUGAUCCUGAUAUUAAGGCCUGGCUAGCCUUGGGCACAAAGACAAAGAAGAAAGGUGGUGGGAAGAAGAAAAAAGGUAAGAAAGGGGACAAGGCAGAUGAGACAACUGAAGCUGAGGCUAUGGACUCAACAAACGGGGCCACUCCUCAAGAGUGACUUAACUACCCUUCCCUCUCCUCUCCUCUCCUCUCCCCAAACAAUGAAAGAAGCUUUUUCGUUUCAUUUUCGACACCUCUUUUCAAUUUUGGUACAUUGUUCACCAAAUUGUAUUUUGCUUGCUUGGAUGUCAAUUUUAGUAUAGUGUUCCGACAUUGAUUUUAAUAGGAAUUUAUAUAUGCACAUUUUAGUUGGGGUCCUUUUUUUCAAAAAAGAAAAAAGACAAACCGAACCAGUUAAAUGGUUUAGUUCUUCA